AUGUUUCGAGAGAGAAAUCAGGUUCCAAUUGGAGUAAUGACAACGAGCGCCGGUGCAGCUAUUACUUAUUCUGAAGCGAAUAACACAUUAAAUUCAAGAUUGGUAUAUAAUGACUACUUCAUGGAAUCUAUAUCCCACGUUGUGCGUGAAAGAAUUCCUGAACGGGUUCUUCACUCUAAAGGUACUGGAGCAUUUGGUCACUUUACAGUAACGCAUAAUAUAUCUGCUAUAUGUAGAGCCAAGUUGUUUAGCGAAGAUGGCAAAAAAACACCAAUCGCUGUUAGAUUUUCUCUCAGCACGAGUGAAAAAGACGGUAGUGAUACAUUUAGAGACACCCGAGGCUUCGCUGUUAAAUUCUAUACGGAGGAAGGAAACUUUGACUUACUGAGCGUCAGCUUUCCAGUUUUCGCAGUUAAAGAUCCAAUACUUUUUCAAUCUUUUUGCCGUUCACAGUCAAGAAAUCCGACAACUAACCUUCGUGAUCCUAACAUGUUUUGGGACUUCGUAACUUUAAACCCUUCUACUUUUCUUUUUUUUUUAUAUAUUUUUGGAGACACCGGUGUUAUAAACAGCUAUCGUCAUAUGCCUGGCUAUGCUGUACACACUUUUCAAGUUGAAAAUGAUAAAGGUGAAACAUAUUUUAUCAAAUUUCAUAUUACACCAGACUCUGGCAUCAAAACCUUUACAUCAGAACAAGCUAGAACAAUUGAAGAAGUUGAUUUUGAUUAUAACAGAAGAGAUUUAUACAAUGCCAUAGAAGCAGAAAACUUUCCGGUUUGGACUCUUAGUAUCCAGGUGUUGACAUUAGAAGAUGUAAAUAAAAUUGGAUCGAAAGCUUUUGAUGUAACAAGAAUAUUACCAAUAGAUGAAUAUCCUUUGAUGCCAAUAGGUAAAAUUGAACUAAAUAGAAACCCUCAAAAUAGCUUUGCUCAAAUAGAACAGAUGGCUAUGAAUCCAGGUAAUCUAGUAGACGGUAUUCUUGGUGGACCAGAUACAUUUUUUCAAGCUCGUUUGAUAUUUUACAGAGAUGCUCAAUUGUACCGAUUAGGUGCAAACUACAACAAUAUUCGCGUAAACUGUCCCUUUCAGACAAGACCGUUAGUUUAUAACAGAGACGGUAGACCUCCACUUGGUGAUAAUGAAAAUGAUAUUCCUAAUUAUUAUCCAAACUCAUUUAAUGGACCUGUUCCAUAUAGUGCCAAUAAAAGGCAGUCAUUAAUAAAAAUUAAAGAAGAAAACCCCUAUAAUUUUGAUCAAGCAAGUGACUUGUAUGUAAGUUUGAGCAAUGAAGAAAGAAACAGGUUGAUAGAGACAAUGCUUUCCAGUCUAAGACCUGCAGUUUCGUUCAUUCAACAAAAGGCAAUUAAAAUAUUUAAGACCAUACAUCCAGAUUUAGGUAGACGGGUGGAGCAAGGAUUAUUGGCCAAUAGAACUAAUGAUGAUUUUGUUUAA